CACAGAUUGGGACCACCCAGCAAGAGGCCCAAAAUGAAUGCAGACUAUAAUGGUGAUGAAGAGCAUGGCACGACUUCACUUACAGAUUUUCUGGCUGAAAGUUUUGGUCUUCCAGAUAAUGAAGGGCCUGAAACUUACCAUGAAAAAAUGGCAGCGGAAACCUCUCACAGGCGUUAUUGUCGAUCCUCUAGUGCUGAGAAAUUCCAUGCUCACAGUGACAGUGAAUCCAGUUCUAAAUUUCUCCCAAGUCAUGGCUUUGCAUCCAGUUCUCCUGGCUAUUUCUCUCAAGACUAUCCAUCUUCCAAAUCCUCCAUGAGUAGCAGAGCUCAUGUGACUGAUGGAGCCUCCACACCCAUCAAUGAAUUUGCCUCUUCUUUUAGAAGUAGAGGUUCAUCUACUGAUGCUGCUGUGUCAGGGGCACAGUCCCACGUUGACUAUCAGAAUCGCAAUUCCAUCUACGAAAAAUUAUCAAUAGAUGCUGUUAAGGGAAAGGCAUCACCGAAUCUAGGCUACCAGUCUACUACUACUGGAGGAUAUGCUGCAAAUAGGGGAACUAAUGAUUCUUCUUUUCGAAUUGGUCAGUCAUCAGGGCCUAAUAACCAAAAUGUUACACCUUUUGAUCACCAUCAAGUUGGUCUUGCCACAAAGUCUGAUGUAGAAGAUUUUCAAAGAAGUGUUGGGGUUCAUUCAGAUGCACAUGGAUCAUUUUACAGAAGGAGUUUGGAUCAACGGGAGUCACUUGGUUCAUGUCUCGGUGAGAGAGUAGAUGAUGGUUUUGUUGGUCGUGCAGAAACAGUUCGAGGUUCAAGUUAUGCUGGUAGCAGAGGGCAGGGAGAAACUUUUGGUUCCUAUCGUGACGAUAGCGGUGGUCGUGGAGAGUCUCUUGGUGGUUACCAUGGCAGCAGUGGUGGUCGUGGAGAGGCUCUCGGUGGUUACCAAGGCAGCAGUGGUGGUCGUGGAGAGUCUCUUAGUGGUUACCAUGGCAGCAGUGGUGGUCGUGGAGAGGCUCUCGGUAGUUACCGUGGCAGCAGUGGUGGUCGUGGAGAGGCUCUCGGUGGUUACAACGGCAGCAGUGGUGGACGUGGAGAGGCUCUCGGUGGUUACCACGACAGCAGUGGUGGUCAUGAAGAAGCGCGUGGUUCUUACCGUGGUAGCAGCGAUGGUCGUGGAGAGGCGCGUGGUUCAUCUAGUGGAAGAAGCGGCGGCCGAGGGAAAACUCAAGGUGCGAGUCCAGGUAGCAGCAGAGGUCGUGAAGCUCGUGGUUCGUAUCGUGGAAGCAGCAGAGGUCGUGAAGCUCGUGGUUCAAGUCGUGGAAGCAGCGGUGGCCGUGGAGAAUCGCGGGGAUCAUAUAGAAGCGGCGUUGGUCGUGGGGAAAAACGAGGUUCAAAUUUUGGUAGUAAGGGUGGUCGUGGAGAAACUAUUGGUCUUCAUCGUGGCAACAGCAGCGGUGGUCGUGGUGUAGCUCGUGGUUCAUAUCGUGGCAUCACUGAUUCUCGUGGGUCGUUGUCUAGUCGCGGUCGAGUUGCAUCUACUAUUUCUGCGCGAGGAAAAAGUCAAGUCUCGAUAAAGCAAGGAAACGUGAGGCAAAUGCGCAAUAGUCAAAGUGACGGGCUCUCUGUUGGCCACACAGGGUUUUCUACCUCCCGAUUUAAGUCUAGUACUGAACGCUCAUCUCAUGGCAAGGUAGUCCAGACCUCCAGUUCUUCAAAAGUCAUUGAAAAUAAGAAAUUCACCGUUGUCGACAGCUACAAAAGCUCUGGCACUGAAGAUACGGAAAAUUUACCUACUGAAUCUUUGCAGUGCAAUGUGUGCCGUGUGAUAAGUUUCAAGAGCAGUUCUGCAUUUGACGAGCAUAUCAAAAGUCAGCACCAUUCUCACAUGUUGAAACUCUUGUCUGCUCGGAAUGAUAGUCUCGAACAAUUCAAAAGGUUGAGUGCCAAGCACGCGUCUAGAGCAAUUGAACAUGAAGUUAUGAAGAACAUUUCUAAUGACAGAAAUAAAAUGGAACAAACUGGAGUUGAUAGUAAAUUCUUCACUUGCAGUUAUUGCCAGUGUACAGUUUUGCUGGCGGCUGUUUCUAUGCACGUUCAACUAAUUCAACACAAGGAGCUCAUAGAAUUUGCUAAGCCUCAGUGCUGUGAUAUAAAGUUUACUAGCCGUCAGAGCUAUGAAGCUCACAAGACAACUGUUAAGCACUUGAAAACCAAGUAUGAACUGGAAAAAAAAUUCAUUGUCAAUGCUGUCAGAGAAAUAGAGGAAGAAGUGAUGAAAUCCAAAGGGGAAAAGGUGCCAGUCAAAUUCAAAGUGACUUCGGUAUCUCUACCACAAUCUGACUAUGUGAUAAAAAUUUUGAAGUCACUUGAAAGCUCUCCGUUGAUCGAUCGAGACGUGAAGGAGGACUUUUGCCUGGCAUGUGAGGUGACAGUUCCGAAAUUUCGCCGAAGUUUCCAUCCCUGCUGCUCGGAUCACCACGAAAACACCAUCUUUUUCUGCUCCAAGAACAAAAUCCGCAUCACAGCGCGCAUCACUCAGUACUUGAAGGAACUUAAGAGCACUAGUAGCUCGAAUGAUGUCUCCAAUUCAUCAGCGGGCUUGUCAUCAGAAGAAACAAAAUCUACUAAAACAGAGCUCGGCAACUCUGCCCCGUCGACCACCAGUUCUUCCAUCACUGCCAUGUCCAGCCAACCAUCAGCUGACAAGAAAUGUUUUAAUUCAUCUAGUCCAGCGAGCGACCGAGAAAUCCGAUUGUCUUCAGAGUCUGCUGCCGCUUCAUCUUCGCCCCAUCAGACGGAGGCCAUGAAAAAUGAUGGUUUAAACAGUUCUGAUGAUGAGGAAAACGAUGACGAGUUCGACUAUGAAUUCCCUGAUAAUGAUGAUGACAAAGACGUGCAGACUGGUGCGGUACCGGGAGACCGCUCUGCUUAUGCUGUCGUUGUAAAUGACAAACAAAAUUCUGAGCUCCAUGUGGAUGCAGAGAUCGAGGAUGAGUUUGAGUACGAGUUUGAUGCCACUUCCACUGCAAAUGACAAAAUUCUGAUAAAAAAUGUGGGUGAUUCCUUGAAUACAGGAACAACGGAGGAGUUACAGAUGUCAACUUCAGGUAUAAAUGAAGAAAAUGAUCAUGAUGAGAUUGACGAUUUCGAGUACGAAUACGCGCCCGAACAAAGCGCUGAAUUAGCUUCUGGCGCCCAGCCUGAUCUUGACGACAAUGAAGGUGAAGCUCUUUCAAAAAGUGAAGACAUUGACGACUUUGAUUACCAAUUUGAUGAUGCAGAUGAGACGAGGACAAAAGGAAACGACGACUCGGCAAGUCGGGCGAUAGACAUCGAAAAAGCCACUGGCGAGAAAGCUGAUAAGGCUAAAGUUGAAGACAGUAAAUUAUGCAACGCAUCUUUAGAUGCUAAUGAAGUUGAUGAAUUUGAUUACGAUUUGGCGCCCGAAGAUGUCAAUUCGAAAGAUACGAAUCGCGUAGAGAUGGAUCGCAGGAAUAAAGCUGUAACGGACGACGUAGAAAAAGCAUGCAAUUCAGAAUUACUGGAAGAAGUUGAAGAUGAUUUUGAAUAUGAGUUGUCCACCGACGCUCACUCUGAAAGUGAGAUGGAUUUGGAACAUAAACGGGAAGAGAAGACAAAUGUUGAGGACAGAAUUAUCGCUGUUCCUGCUAGCGAGUUCGCCAAAGCUACUGUAGACGUAGAUGCUAAUCCGGCUUCAAGUGCCCAAUCAAAGUUAAGUGGUUCUGUAGCCUCUCAAAAGAAAGUAGCUAGUGAAGAAUAUACAGAGUCUAGAAACGAACCAGAAGAUGAGAAUGAAGACGAAAUUGAAGAUUUCGAGUAUGAUGUCCAACUAGAUGGAAACCCAGCCGAGCAAGAGCAAACGUUGACGGCAGACGGCGAAGAGGAAGAUGCAGAAGAUGACGAGUUUGACUACGAAGGCUUUACCACCAACGAAUAAUUCCUAAAGAAAUGCUCAUAAGGGACUGACGUUUAUUUUUUCCUCCGACGAACGUAAUCUGAGACUCCACACCAAAACCGGAAUUCUUAUUGGUGGUGGUAAGUCGGCCAUCAUAGGUAACCUAAGCGAUUAUGCUGGUUAAUGGUGAAGCUUCCUCGAAAAGUAAGUCGACUCUAAAAAAAUGUUGGCGAUCGAAAUGGCCAUUUAUACCCUCAAGCCACGGUGUGAGCCACACUUCUAACUCUACCAGGAACUGAUCUACAUGAAAUAUUGCUCACCUAUCAUGUACUAGGAUAACGUCAAGCCUAUUAGGAGAAUCUUUUGUUCUGCUGUUCUAAUUUAAUCGUAUUACUGAAGCUGAAAAUAAUUGAAAUACGCUUGCCAGACAUUUGAUCGUGGAAAUUUUGCCUCGAUCGAGAACAAACUCCACUGAUCAAAGAAAUGAAACAAAAAUUCUUUCAGCAUUCUCUAACCUGAGUCUUGGAAAAAUAAAACAAGAAUGAGGUAGAACAAUUGGUAAACAUUUCUAAAAACUUGCUUUAAAUUAACGCUAAAUCCUGAGCGAACAUGCCUUCCUUAUUCUAUCGACGAAUGUGGACUCCUAUUUCUUAUUUAAUGAUUUGAGUACCGUAUGCUUGUUAAAACAUGAAUCGUUGUAAUGUGUUUGCAAGUAAUUAUUUCGAACUCAUUUUUUUUUUGUGAUGAAAUUUGAUGAUGUUUUUUUUUUUAAAUUUCAGUGGUCCUUGUUUUUCGUUUUUUAUUCUGACGUCAAACGUAAAAUUGUCUAUACCACUGAGUGUCUAAACGAAAUCGUUCGAAGGAAAAAGCUUUGGAAUUGCUAGUAUUUACCAAAAUGUAUAAUUAUACGUUCAUUUAUUUUCAAUUAUGUUCCCUUUGAUAAUAUCCCAUUCAACAAGAAUUAAUGAUGCAAGUAUGAAAACUCCACCAGUUGAUGGUAGCCAAAUACCUAUCACCCCUCCUCCUUAGUCGCCACUACCAGGAUGGUCAA